AUGAGCCCCAACAACGGGAAUGCGAGCGAGGAGACGGGGCUUUUGAGCGGACAGGAGAACGGAGCAGCGUCGCGCAAGCUGUCGAUACGGGAUUUCUUUUUAAACAAAACCCAUACACCGGGAGAGAACAGCGGAAAUAAGUUCGUAAGGGUUCCUGCUAGAGCUUUCAAUGUUACUAAGGUCACAUUGUUCAGCAACUAUGUCAAUAUCCUCCUGGUCUUCGUACCGUUGGGUAUAGUUGCUGGCGCAGGUGGUUGGAACCCGACAACUGUUUUCAUUCUCAAUUUCUUUGCAAUCGUUCCAUUGGCAGCCGUCCUUUCUUUUGCGACGGAGGAAAUUUCUUUAAAACUUGGUCAGACCAUGGGAGGGCUAUUAAAUGCUACCUUUGGCAAUGCUGUAGAGCUCAUUGUCAGUAUCGUCGCCUUGAAGAAUGGUGAAAUCCGAAUUGUGCAAUCAAGUAUGCUGGGAAGUAUUCUGUCCAAUAUCCUCCUGGUUUUGGGUUGCUGCUUUUUAGCCGGUGGCAUUCACAACACUAGAACAGGUACAGCACAAGGUAUUGAACAGGGCUUUAACAUGACAGUCGCAUCCACUAUGUCUUCCCUUAUGGCGGUUGCGUCUGCCUCUUUGAUUAUUCCUGCAACUCUGUAUGCCGCACUGUCCAAAUCUGAAAGCACGACAAAAGAUAAUAUCCUCAUUUUAUCUCAUGGCACGGCUAUCAUUCUUUUGAUCCUUUACAUUAUGUAUCUUGUUUUCCAAUUAAAGACACAUGCCCGACUCUUCGACGGCGAAAGCGCGGACGACGAGGAGGACCCAGAGGAACCACAAAUGAGUCCUUGGGCUGCAGGUGUUAUUUUGGUGGUUGUUACGAUUGCGGUUGCAAUUUGCGCCGAAUACCUUGUCGACUCCAUCGAAUCUGUUGUAGAGACCAUGCAUAUCUCCAAGACCUUCAUCGGUCUUAUCCUUCUUCCAAUUGUCGGAAACGCUGCGGAGCAUGUCACCGCUAUCGUUGUAGCUUUGAAGGACAAGAUGGAUUUGGCAAUCGGAGUUGCUAUUGGAAGCAGCAUGCAGAUCGCUCUAUUAGUCACACCUUUCUUGGUCAUUCUCGGCUGGAUCAUGGAUAUUCCAAUGACUCUUCACUUCGAGACCUUUGAGACUGUUGUCUUUUUCUUGAGUAUGUUGGUUGUCACUUAUACGAUUCAAGAUGGAAAGAGCAACUAUUUGGAAGGUGCCAUGCUACUUGGACUCUACUUCAUUAUUGCACUCGCCUUCCUUGUCUACCCCGAUGAUGCCACAGACACCCCUGGCAAUGUUGUGCUCGUCACAAGAGCAGUCGUUGGAUCCGCGAAAUCUGCACUUGGAAUGUAA